UUUUGGUUUUACAGUAAUAGACAAAAGAUUACAAGCAAUCUAAAAACUCUAUAUAUAUCACAAGAGAUAUGAAGACUUAAUACACACACUUGUGUACUGAUAUUCUUUCUCUUCUUUAUUUCGAGUUUUCGAUUAUUUUCGCAUUAAGUCGAAAAAUGAUGAAGUUUUUGAGCUUGUUGAUGAUUGUGGUGAUAUGUGCAUGCAUUGUACUUCCACAAAUCUCGGCACAGAAACUACAAGAUAAGGUUACGUGCUCGAGCCGUAAAAGCCGGUGCUUCCUCCGGAGUAUAAGUUGCCCUAAACAAUGUCCGUUCACAACUCCGAAAGAUCCAAAGGCUAAAUCUUGCUACAUCAACUGCAACUCUCCGAUUUGCAAAGCCGAAUGUAGACACAGAAAGCCGAGUUGCAAAGGCAUCGGCGCGGCAUGCUACGACCCUCGAUUCAUCGGCGCAGACGGAGUCGUUUUCUACUUCCACGGCAAGAGAGACGAGCAUUUCGCCUUAGUCUCGGACACAAAUCUCCAAAUCAACGCCCGCUUCAUCGGCCACCGCCCUGCGGGCCGGGCCCACGACUACACUUGGAUCCAAGCCCUCGGCCUUCUCUUCGGGCCCCACAAAGUCUCCGUCGAGGCAACCAAAGCAUCCACAUGGGACAACAAAGUCGACCACCUCAAAUUCUCCUUCAACGGCACCGAGAUUCUAGAUUCCGCCACCUCAUCGUGGAAGUCUCUAGAUGGUGAUGUCACGGUGGAGAGGAUAUCGAGCGCGAAUAGCGCGAUUAUUACUGUUUACGGACUCGUGGAGAUCGGGGUGAAUGUGGUUCCCAUCACUAAAGAAGAUGAUAGAGUUCACAAUUAUCAAAUACCUUUUGAUGUUGAUUGUUUUGCACAUUUGGAAGUUCAAUUUAGACUCUUGGAUCUUUCGGCCGAUGUGGACGGUGUUUUGGGCCGGACUUAUAGGCCCGAUUACGAGAACCGGGCCGGAUUAGGUGUCGCGAUGCCGGUGGUCGGAGGAUAUGAUAAGUACAAAACUACGUCACUUUUCGCAGAUGACUGCAAAAAAUGCGUGUUUUCUUCAAAGAAUGAUGGAGAUGAUAAAGGGUCGAUGUAAUAAAUUUGUUUGGUGUUGAUGGGACUGUUUUGCAAGAAAUGAUACAUUGUUUAAUAUCAUUAUGUAAUACCUAAAUAAAAGUAGCUGCAUUUUCAUGAUUUGUUUUUGUAUUUUAUCUUCUUCUUUUGUAUUGUAAGCACAAAGUUAUGAUGAAAUAGUAAAGCUUGAAAGAUUUUGGAGCAA